AAUCAUCGGAGGAGCCGGCCCCAGUAACCCGAGAUUCGGGGCAAGGAUCACGAUGGACGAGAGUGUCUUCGACACAUCAACUGCCUCCCGCCAGAACGGCGACGUCAACUACGACACCGGUCACCAUCCGAACGGCAGCGGCCUGACCAACGCAUCCUGCGUGAACGACCUCUGCGUCUCCGAGGCAGAGUAUCUGGACCUCCUGGAAGAGUACAUCUUCCCCUCGUCAUACGAGUGGGGGCUCAUCGGUCUGCACAUUGCGGUUUUCGUGGUGGGCCUCGUGGGCAACACCCUGGUGUGCGUGGCCGUCUACCGUAACCAGGCGAUGCGGACCGUCACCAACUACUUCAUCGUGAACCUUGCCGUCGCCGACUUCCUUGUCAUUCUGGUCUGUCUACCGCCGACCGUGCUCUGGGACGUGACUGAGACGUGGUUCUUCGGCGCUGCGCUCUGCAAGGUCGUGCUUUAUCUACAGUGCGUCUCGGUGUCCGUGUCAGUCCUGACGCUCACCUUCAUCUCGGUGGACCGCUGGCGCGCCAUCUGCCGUCCGCUUCGCUCGCCCGGCUCUCCGCCGCGGCUGGCCAUCGCCGUCAUCUGGCUGGCGUCCUGCCUGAUGAUGCUCCCCGAACUGGUCGUCCUGGACACCCGCAAAGGCCCCGUCCCGGGCACCCUCUACCUCACCGAUUGCACGUAUACCUGGCCGCCCGGCUACACGAGCGCCUACCAGCUCUGCCUGGUCAUCCUCUUGUACGUGGCGCCGUUCGCGCUCAUGUCGGCCGUCUACUACCAGAUGGCUAGGGUGCUCUGGAGGAUGCCUGCCCUGCACGAGGUCGGCUCCCUGAGUGCGUCGACGCCGCCGCCGCAGAACGUUGCUCGGAGGAAGGCGGCUAAGAUGUUGAUCGCUGUGGUGACGCUGUUCGGGCUGUGCUACCUGCCCGUGCACACGCUCAACCUGCUUCGCUACACGACCGAGCUGCCACAGACGCCGCUGAUGAGCGUGGCAUCGCUGCUGUCGCACUGGCUGUGCUACUUCAACUCGGCCAUCAAUCCCAUCGUGUACAACUUUAUGAGCGGAAAAUUUCGCAAGGAGUAUCACAAGUCAUUCCGGUGGCUGCUAAAGCGAGUUCUCCUCUGUGGCCUGGAUCGGCGACGACAGUCAGCGGCCUCGGAGCUCUAGCAUAUCCCAACUUCAAGACGCCGGGAGGAACUGUGCACAAUCUCCCAGUCUUGACAACGUUCUGGAAGUCUGGGGCAACAUGAUGGUCCAACGCAAAACGGAACUUUUAGACGACUGCCUAGCCACGGCCAGAAAACAUUUGUGCACGACAUUUCAAUGAUGUUGACGCGGAUUCCAAUGAUGUUUAACGAACCCCGGGAUUAUAUAUACAUAUUUUUUUCGGAGCUUGAGUGUAUGGCAGGAUAUAUUUGAAUAAUACAACCUGCCAUUUAUGAAUUGUGGAUAUGUCUUAAUAGCGUUGCCUCAAAACUGGCGCCCUCCCACUGCACCAAUUCACAGUAGAAGGUUUCCCUUGGCAGUGCUGCAAACG